GGUGAUUUUAUUAAAUAGAAAAUCUUGGAAACUAAGCGAACUGUUGUGCCACUUUUUACAUCAGAAUUAUUUUCUCACUUGUAUUCUCUCUGCGGUGGUUUUUCAAAGUACGGUCUAUGUUCUUGAGUCAAUUCUGUUAUGUUAAUGUGAAUUUAAUCAGUUCUUCGAAAAGAAAAAAAGUGGAGUCGGUGGGGAAUGAAGCAUGAGUAAUACGUAAAUUUGUAAAAUCGAUGAAGAACAACCAGUUUGCAACAUAAUAUACAACGCAACAUGUGAAAUAUGGUGCAAUAUAGUGUAGGAUAUAAUGGGUUGCAUACUUUCACAUCACAGUUUCCAAAAUUCAACCAUCAUGUACAGACCGUUUUUGUUUAAUCUAAGAUAUUUCUUCAACUAGCCAUGGAUGAUCGAAUGCUUCUAGAACAACUGGCGGCCGCCGUCAGGAACUACGACGUGUCUACUUUUGAAGCAAUUUUUUCAAAAUCUCCGAAAAAAUGGAGUGAAAUGCGAAUUCACAGCGGACGUACAUUAAUCCAAGAAGCUAUAAUCCGGAAAAGGAAAGCUAUUUUCAAAUACAUUCUCAGUUUUCAUAAGGUCAUCAACCUGGAGACUGUUGGUAUUUACGGUUCAACACCUCUGACACUCGCAAUCGAUAACAAUGAUAAAUAUUAUGCAACUGAACUUAUCAGAAAAGGUGCACUUCCGCGAGAAGAAUAUGAAACUACAAGAAUUUUAAAACAGAGUAUUAGUAAAUCAGUUCAUCUUGUAAAACUCUUGCUGGAUGAGGGGAUUAAUCCAAAUGUAGAGUCUGACUGGCCAUUUUCAACUGCACUUAAUUAUGUUUUAGAAGGAUAUUCCUCAUGCGACGUUCCUGAAAUUGUAGCCAUGUUGUUGUACUAUGGAGCAGAUCCUUUAAUAGAAUAUAAAGGUUUUAAUUCCCUUGAACUGGCAAUUAAAAAUAACCACCCAAUCCCCGUCCAGGAAAUUCUAUGUUUUUACACCUUCGACGAAUGUGGCGGCUGUAAAAUGCACCUAAAUUUAUUAUUGCAACUCUUAGAGCAAAAUUCGCCCUUAUUUCAUGACAUUCUACAAUUUGAUGUUGAUUGUGUAACCCACAAUUUCACGGAUGCGGACUACAUGUUCGUCAUCAAAUAUUUACUGAGUAUGGAUGUACACGAGUUAACUAUUCUUCUAAAAAAAUGCAACCCUGCUAUCUGUGAAGUUGUUUCGUGGAUGUACCGCGACGAAAUUCUGACAACAAAAGUUAACGCUUUUUUAAGUUGUGAGCAACUUUUAACCAAAUUAAAUAUAUUUAUUGAAAGUAGCCCACAAAUGAGGGGACAUGUUAUCAAUUUAAUUUUGACUCUAAAGAGCUGCAAACUUUUUAAAGUCGUUGUUAGUAGAAGCACCAAAUCCACGUUGACGGAAAUACUCAUCUUUAUGUUCUCCUACGGUUUAAAUUGUGAACGGAGACUUUUGGAUAUCGUUUUUGAAAAAUAUGGCAACUGUGAACUGUUUCGGUUUCUUUCGUGCUUGGACGUCGUAGAUUCCGAUGCAGUUUAUUGCAAAAAUAUAGUUGUAGCGAUGAUUUGUGAUGUACACUUAGAGUUAGGGUCAAUUUUUAAAAAUGGUCGAAAUUAUUCACGAAGUAGUUUGUUCGAAGUUUUACACUUUUCGGUAAAUCCGCAGUUGUUGAAUUUUUUGUUAAAAAAUAAGGGAAAUGUUACUGAUGCAACUGUGGAAAGAAUCCAGUGUUUUCCACGUUUGUCGUCUUUAAUCGAAUUGGCCAGAAAUGCGUUACGGGGGCACAUUAUUGAAAGGUUUAAAAUUAGGAACGCUGGACAUUUUGGGUGGGUUGUUAACUCCCUUCCGGUGAGCAAUACUCACAAAAGAAUUAUUUUAUUCCAGGCCGAACUGUAUUAAUAUUGAAAAGCAAUUUUUAAAUUAUUUUGUAUAUAUGUGUAUUAUUCUAUUUAAUAAAUUUUAUAUGUUUUA